AUGGCUUCUUUACGCCCAAUCGACCUCUUUCGAGGCUGGCCUGCUCCAGAUCUGAUCCCAGUUGAUUCUCUCAAGGAAGCCGCGGUGACUGCUUUAUCCAAUAAAGCAAUAUCAGAUGCCGGUUUUGGCUACGGGCCUGACGAGGGAUAUUUUCCAUUGAGAGAAAAUAUUGCGAGAUGGUUAACUCAGUUCUAUGCUCCCCCAGAAGCUAUUACUGCCAGUCGGAUUUGUAUCACGGGCGGCGCGAGUCAGAAUUUGGCUAGUAUACUGCAGGUCUUUACGGAUCCUCUUCAGACGAAGCAGAUCUGGCUGGUCGAGCCUACUUAUCAUCUUGUCUUUCGGUCUUUUGAAGAUGCAGGGUUUCAUGGACGGAUGAGAGGUAUUCCGGAAGAUGAGUGCGGAAUGGAUGUCCACACUCUCGAGCGAGCUCUAGAAGAGUUUUCACAUGCCAACGAUGACAAGGAAUCCCAUGGAAGCUAUACUGGAAAACCGGAUAGACCAUACCGGAAGAUCUACGAACACGUCAUUUACUGUGUGCCUACUUUUUCCAAUCCAUCAGGGACGACGAUGACCCGUUCUAGGCGUGAAGAGCUUGUCCAGGUUGCUCGCAAAUUCAACGCCCUAGUCAUAUGUGACGAUGUCUACGACUUUCUCGCGUGGACUGAAACUCCGAGCUCAAACCCGAUAGGUCCUUCUAUACAGCGUCUAGUCAAUAUAGAUCGUACUCUCGACGGGGGCCCAGCAGACGCGUUCGGCAACGUUGUGAGCAACGGAUCAUUCAGCAAGCUUCUCGGUCCUGGAUGCCGGGUUGGAUGGGCUGAGGGGUCAGAUACUUUUAUCUAUGGGCUUUCACAGGCUGGUCAAACAAAAUCUGGGGGUGCACCCUCUCAGUUGAUGUCAACUUUUAUCAAUGAGAUGCUGGAAACGAACACGUUACAAGAGCAUAUCUCAACGAAAUUGGUCCCGGAUGGACAUCGGCGAUACUCAUUGAUGAUCUCUGCUAUAAGAAAGUGUCUGACACCUCUCGCAGUUACGUUCUCUCCAGAUCCUGAACGAACUACAUUAACUGGUGGUUACUACGUUUGGGUCAAGUUACCCAUUCCUCUUGAUGCGAAUCAAGUCUGCCGGGAAGCUAUUGACACGCAGAACAUUGAGUUGGGGAAUGGGGGUCUAUUUUCGGUCCCCGGGGGAGACUCUCGGGACGCGGAUUUGCAUCGAAGUUUGAGAUUAUGUUUUAUGUGGGAAGAUGAUGAGCAUCUGGUCGAGGGUAUCAAUCGACUGGCUACUAUCAUUGGGACUCUGUUAGAUAGCGAGCAGAACCACCCUUGUGUUUGA